AGGACCUGGCAGACGGGAGGAAUGCUUUUCCAUGUCACCAGUGGAAGAGGUGCCCGUGGAGUGGGGUCAUCACGAUCACCAAGCUAAAGGAUGCCUCGGGGUGCCUUCUUACCUGGGGCUGAUGAGCCAAAAAGAAAUGACGGCGCUGCAUGGAUGACACGGCCCAUUUCAAUAUCAUCUCGAACAACUAAAGUGCCCGGUGCAAAGGCCGGGCCUACCAUACGCUUGACAUUGACUGGGGGUUUAGGAAUUGCUUUGCUUAUGUGGGAGCGAAAAAGGACACCCAAAGGUCACCCCCAAAAUGAGAACGAACGGGGGAUAAUGCGAGGCUCUUGGCCAACCACCUACUCCUUGCAACCAACCCAUCCAUCCCGUUGCACAACACUUUUCGACUUUCCGUUUAGACUCGACCCGAAAAAAAGGCACAAGGCAAACACCACUCUCUCUUCGCACUAAUCCAAAAGGCUGAGAUCUCGCUCAGCCGUCCACUCCUUAACACAGCUGAAAACCAACAAAGUUGGAUUACGGAUACGCUCAUUAUUUUCGUCCGACCGAGACCAGGGUGAUUUCGCCGCCAUAGGGAACUUAAGACAACACUCCUUCACCAACGACCCGACGUACGCACUCGCACAUACACACCGCAAUCCCCUUGCUGCAAAUAAGCACCGCCAACUGCAACAGCAAAACGGCAGCCGACCUGAUCCCGACACAUCAGCGACCAGCCAGCUACUCAGCCCCGACUUACGAGAUACCGUAUCCUACCGAAACCCUUCUAUUGCGCCGCCAUCCCGUCGAUCCGUGCGUCAUUGCGUCAAGCAUACCACUCACUCCUCCGUCUGAUCUCAGUAUCCCGACACCCCGUGUAGCGCGCCCGGACCUCGAAACUCCCAAGCGACGUCGUUCACGUAUACUUGACGCUGUCGACACAUUUGCGCCCGGUUUGUAGUCCGCCGCAACUUGUCAUAUCCAUCGCCGACCUCUUUUUCCACCGUUGGGAAACUUUACCAUCAUCGCUCUCGAAUCAUAGCCAUGCUAUAGCGUGGGAUCUCCCGACAUCAGCUACUAGACAUCACACACACGCCGUUCUUGCGCGGUCCAAGUGCGGGACUUGGAGGAUUCCCUAGCCGACACAAUGGCAUCCGAAGAGGGACCUUCAAGGUCAGCCUCCCCGACAAAUGUCGACAACACGUUCCCACAGUACCCUCCUCGAGCCGAACUUACCGUUGCUGGCCCUCCCAGCCUAAUAUCUUCGCGAAUGACGGAUAUUGGCACGGAAGAUGGCCAAGGAUCAGAUACAACACCACGCGGUGGUGGCCCUUCGAGCGCUAACCCCAACAGGAGGAGUGGCUUUUAUUCGGACACACAGUCUCGUCCCGAGACGUCUGGGACCGGGCUAUCGUCAAGGGGUCCGUGGGCGCAAUCGGUACCUCUACGCCAACAAUUGACGGGGAAGCGAGGAAGCAUAGCUGGGAGCAUCGGCAGUGCAGGAGGUCGCCCCAUCAGCGCUGCGAGCAGGAGUCAUGUCCCGUCUCUAACGUCCCAUGGCUUCUUUCGUCCGAUGAGCUCGCAGAAACUCCAGGCGCAAAGGGGCGCUGGGCGCCCGCCAACAAUGAACCGCCCAUAUGUGAUCACCGGAGAAGCAGGGGCUCGCAAUAGUGUCAUCUCAACUGGAAGUGGCCGCAUUGGGGCACAGAUUGCGGAGGAUGCAGAGCUGCGUAUGCCCUCCAGGGGAACCGAAAUGACGGAGCAGGAAACAAUGGAGCGCAUGACAGCCAAUACGAGUCCCAUCAACGGAUUUUUUCCUACUUCGAGUGUUACGGAUAGCGUCCGGCCGCUGCAGAGUCCCGUCGAUGCUCGGAACAUUAACGUAGAAAUGAACAAAGACUACAGAGAGGAAAGCCCGACAACUCCACCAAGGUCACCAACGAGGACGUCGCGAUCUUUCAGGUCCAGCUUCUUGAUGCCGAGGAUGAACGAGUCCGGGAUAACGGGCUCCAAUAGAGAGAUUGAGGGCGGAGAGAAGCUGCAAUCAGCUGCCUCGUCUCCCAACAUCCCACCCCAAAGUUACGAGAGGCAAAGGGCCAGAUUCAAAAGACGUGCAAAAAGGCAGAACCGCGCGAAUCUUGGGAAAAACUACGAAUACUUCGAAGGAAACACAGUUUUCUGCCUAGGGGGGCGGUUUCAGAACACAAAGCAACGCCCGAUAAAUAUAGCAACCGGGUCACUGAUCGUUCUCCCUUGCAUCCUCUUUUUCAUCUUCUCGGCGCCUUGGAUCUGGCACAACAUUUCACCCGCGAUACCCGUUACAUUUGCUUAUCUUGCUUAUAUCUGUGUAUCUUCGUUCCUACACGCCUCGGCAUCAGAUCCAGGAAUUUUACCGAGAAACUUGCACAAGUUUCCUCCUCCAGAAAUGGAGGACAGCCCGACAGGCCCGCCAACGACCGACUGGGUUCUAGUUCACUCGGCAGAAGCUUCAACGGCAGCAAUGGAGGUCCCGAUCAAAUACUGCAAAACAUGCCAACUGUGGCGUCCUCCACGCGCUCAUCACUGCCGCUUGUGCGAUAACUGUGUUGAGACCCAAGACCAUCACUGCGUAUGGCUCAACAACUGUGUCGGUCGUCGCAAUUACCGCUACUUUUUCACGUUCGUCAGCUCGGCAACCGUUCUUGCUCUGUACCUUAUCGGCGCCUGCCUGGCACAAAUCCUGGUGUACAAGAACCAACACCAUAUCAGCUUUGGUCACGCAGUCAAUCACUUUCGCGUACCCUUUGCCAUGGUCUUUUUUGGAUUUCUGACGUUCUUAUAUCCGGCUGCACUCACCGGAUAUCACAUUUUUUUGAUGGCUCGCGGCGAGACAACUCGCGAAUACCUCAACUCUCACAAGUUUCCCAAGUCGGAUCGAUACCGUGCUUUUACUCAGGCCAACUGGCUCAAGAACUGGUUUGUCGUGCUAUGCCGGCCAAGGCCCCCGACUUAUUACGGAUUCAAGGUCAAGUAUAACCAGGGUGACCAGCGGCUCGGAUCCCAUCGGCGCUGGCAACAGCCAGCGGUUUCUGACUCGAAAGAGGGCAUGGAAAUGCAGAACGUCUCGCCGCAGUUGCCUCAGACAGGAUUCAUGGGACCUACAGCAUUGCGAAACUCGAAUAAUGGGUCGACGGCGGAGGUCAGGGCAUGAUAUUGAUGGUUUUCUCCGCAUCCUGCCAUUUUCGGCGUUCCUGUUUGACUUCGAUACAUAUAGCACACCUGCACACCCAUUUUUACAUAUACCAUUAGUACGCAUCAACGCACCAUUAUUUUUCAUGUUUUUAUGUUGUCCCCUUUUUUCCCCCUUGUUUGUCAGAUACCUAACGGCACGCACGGCUUUACGUUGUUUUAGAACAUGCGUGCACCAGUCUGAAUGAAGAGUUCUUUUUUUUUGUUCUUUUUGUAAUCAAACAAUAACAGCGAGCAUAAACUUGUAUACAGGAGGAGGAAGAAGAAGCAGAAGAAGAGUAAAGCCAGGAUGAAUCAGAUGAGGGCACAGCGCCCUAGUGGCCCGUAUCUCAUUGGCAACGCAUAGGGACGGGAGCAGCAACGAAGGAGUUGGACGGACAGGCCUCAUUACUGUACGAAUUUUAAGUUCUUUUUUAUACCCUGAUGAGAGUAGCUAGUUCCCAAACUUCGUUUGUGGUUUUCAGUUAGAAACUUCUAUAAUACCAUAUGUAAACAGCCUCACGUGGCAUUGGU